CAAAUUCUAUGUCCAAGAAGAGGACGACCAGAUCGACCAGAAGUGCCAUAAUAUGCUCACUUGUUUUGUGUUUCACUUAUACAAAGGCGUGAGGGCUGGCGGUGGUAUCGGCGAUGAGAUCGAGUCGCCCGACGGCGAUGAGUACGAAGUCUAUCGCAUUAUAUUCGACAUCACGUUCUUCUUCUUCGUGAUCGUCAUUCUUCUCGCUAUUAUUCAGGGUCUGAUAAUCGACGCGUUCGGCGAACUCCGCGAUCAGUUACAGUCGGUGUCGGACGACAUG